GGGAUGCUGCCUGUCUAGUCCGGAAGGAAUCGUGUCGCUGCCGCCCACUCAGGCCGCUGACCCUCCCCCGAUGGUGUGAAGGCGCCCCCCUCUCCACGGCCACGGCCUGCUCCGCAGUCUGGCGCCAUGAACUUGCUGCCGGCCAACCCGCACGGGAAUGGGCUGCUUUUCGCCGGCUUCAACCAGGACCACGGGUGCUUUGCAUGUGGGAUGGAAAAUGGAUUUAGAGUGUUUAAUGCAGAUCCACUCAAGGAGAAGGAAAAGCAAGAAUUUCUAGAAGGAGGUGUUGGCCAUGUUGAAAUGUUGUUUCGGUGCAACUAUUUAGCCUUGGUUGGCGGAGGGAAAAAACCCAAAUAUCCACCUAAUAAAGUGAUGAUCUGGGAUGAUUUGAAAAAGAAGACUGUUAUCGAAAUAGAGUUUUCCACAGAAGUCAAAGCUGUUAAGCUUAGAAGAGACAGGAUUGUGGUAGUUUUGGACUCAAUGAUUAAAGUUUUCACAUUUACGCACAAUCCUCACCAGUUGCAUGUCUUUGAAACCUGCUAUAACCCUAAAGGUCUUUGUGUACUGUGUCCAAACAGUAAUAAUUCCCUGCUUGCAUUCCCUGGAACUCAUACUGGACAUGUACAGAUUGUGGAUUUGGCAAACACAGAAAAACCUCCUGUAGAUAUACCUGCUCAUGAAGGAGUCUUGAGCUGCAUAGCUCUCAACCUUCAAGGAACAAGGAUUGCCACAGCAUCAGAAAAAGGAACCCUUAUAAGAAUAUUCGAUACAUCAUCAGGGCAUUUAAUCCAAGAGUUGCGCAGAGGGUCUCAGGCUGCCAAUAUCUACUGUAUUAACUUCAACCAAGAUGCUUCUCUCAUCUGUGUGUCAAGUGACCAUGCCACCGUGCACAUCUUUGCUGCAGAGGAUCCAAAAAGAAACAAGCAGUCAAGUUUAGCAUCUGCCAGUUUCCUGCCCAAAUACUUCAGUUCCAAGUGGAGUUUUUCCAAAUUUCAGGUUCCCUCUGGUUCCCCUUGCAUUUGUGCCUUCGGAACAGAACCGAAUUCUGUCCUAGCAAUCUGUGCAGAUGGCAGCUACUACAAAUUUUUAUUCAACCAAAAAGGAGAAUGCUCCAGGGAUGUCUACGCUCAAUUCCUAGAAAUGACUGAUGAUAAACUUUGACUGCACAGAUGGAAAUAACUGGAGAAUGGGGGAAGAGAGGUGAAUGUAUUCUUCUCCCUCUCUGAAGAGACAGCCUCUAACUACCCCAGCAGUCAACAGCGCUGCUCAAGAUGGGACAGAUGAACUGAAGAAGUCCAGGCCAACACAAUCAGAACUAGCUGCCAGGCAGAGGACUAAUACAGCAUAUACUGUCAACAACUGGUUAUAAAUGUUAGUUUUGGCUGCUGCUGUUCUUCAGUUUUCUUAAGUUUGUCACCUCUCUGUAACUAACUUGUGAAGCUUAUUGUACAUUAUGCCAUCAGCCUGCAGGGAGGUUUUAAUCAUCUCUUACUCCUCAGAAAAGAAAAAUUCGGUUUCGGUAUCAUGGCUGUAGGGCAACAGAAAGGACACGCCAGACGACACAGAAUACUUAUACCAGCAGUUUCUGCUUUUCCAAAUGUCUAUUUCCUCUUCAUCAAAUAUAUUUAAAGGGAUCAUGGCAAGUUUGCUCUGAGUUACCCUUGCUCAGGAAUAGAUAGAAUGUGCAAGCCCAUACUGUUGUGAAUUUGUAUUAACGUUCAUACAUUUUGUCAGAAGUGCCAAAAUUCACAUCCUACAAAUGGCAUUAAUCAUUGCUGGCCUAAAUCAUUCUGCAGGAUAGAAAUUUAAGCUACGUAGGACAAUGGUAGGGACUGUGAAUCUGAUAGGUAACUAUGUUUAGAUAUUAUAACCAUUCCAGGUAUUUACAUUUUUGUUCCUUGAUGUGUUUGCACUUAUGCUGUACAGUGGCAGACCAACAGAAAAGUAGUCUGUAAUAGCUAACAAUAAAUACGCUGUUCUUUUCUGCUGUAUCCUGUAAGAUAUUGUUAUCGUCAUCGAAUUUGGGUGUAUUCCAAACACAUGUGGUGGACAUUUGAAUCAUAAGUGAUAAAUCCUUCAGAUGUACAGCUGUAGUUUAGGUAUUUUGGAAACUGAGGUAUAUGCACAUUCAAAUUGAAACCACAACCACCUCUUUCAAUUGGAAAACUUCUUUAAUUCCUUUAAAGUUCACACAUGCUUCAAAAUUAACUGAAGCCUUAAGUCACAGAGUCGUAAGGUAUUUGAAUAUCAUUUAACUGAAACCUAUAUUCAUAUUCGCCAGUUAGCAUGUUGCUUUUAAAUGUGUAUUUAAUCAUGGAAGUUGUUUUGCACACCUUUUGUAAUCUUUUAAUUAAAAUUGACUAAUUUGCUGUAUUCA